UGAAUCAGCAUCACGUGACAGAGGAACGGUCACCUGAUAAAAGUCUUGCAGUUGGUCGACAACAAGCCAGAACCGCCCGGUCAUCCCUGUGUCAGAGAGCCGCAGACCCGCCGAACUGUCUCGAUGAGGGGCUUCCUCCUGGUCGUGUUCGCGGCCUUCGCCCUGAGCGGCGACGCGCUGGUUCGCAUCCCCUUAAAGAAAUUCCGCUCCAUCAGACGUGAGCUGACCGACUCUGGGAAAACGGCGGAGGAGCUGAAGGCGGCGAGGCCGUCCCUUAAGUACAACUUUGGCUUCCCCUCCAGUAAUGCACCCACUCCAGAGGCCCUGAAGAACUACCUGGACGCCCAGUAUUAUGGCGAGAUCGGCCUGGGAACCCCCCCCCAGACGUUCACUGUGGUGUUUGACACGGGCUCCUCCAACCUCUGGGUGCCCUCCAUUCACUGCUCCUUCACUGACAUCGCAUGCCUGCUUCACAACAAAUAUAAUUCUGCCAAGUCCAGCUCCUACGUGAAGAACGGCACUGCCUUCGCCAUCCAGUACGGGUCGGGCAGUCUGUCGGGCUACCUCAGUCAGGACACGUGCACGAUCGGAGACCUUUCAGUGAAGACGCAGCUGUUCGGAGAAGCCAUCAAGCAGCCCGGCGUGGCCUUCAUCGCUGCCAAGUUCGACGGCAUCCUGGGCAUGGCCUACCCACGCAUCUCCGUGGACGGCGUGGCUCCGGUCUUCGACAACAUCAUGAGCCAGAAGCUGGUGGAGAAGAACGUCUUCUCCUUCUACCUGAACCGGAACCCGGACACGUCGCCCGGUGGCGAGCUGCUGCUGGGAGGAACCGACCCCAAAUACUACACCGGUGACUUCAGCUACGUCAACAUCAGCCGCCAGGCCUACUGGCAGAUCCACGUGGACGGGAUGUCUGUGGGCGACCAGCUGAGCCUGUGCAAGAGCGGCUGCGAGGCCAUCGUGGACACGGGGACGUCUCUGAUCACCGGCCCCUCGGCCGAGGUCAAGGCCCUGCAGAAGGCCAUCGGUGCCACGCCCCUCAUCCAGGGAGAGUACAUGGUGAGCUGUGACAAGGUCCCGUCUCUGCCCGUCAUCUCCUUCACGGUGGGAGGCCGCGCCUACACUCUGACCGGAGAGCAGUACAUCCUCAAGGUGAGUCAGGCCGGUAAGACCAUUUGUCUGAGCGGCUUCAUGGGUCUGGACAUCCCGGCCCCUGCCGGGCCCCUGUGGAUUCUGGGAGAUGUCUUCAUCGGGCCGUACUACACCGUCUUUGACCGGGACAACAACAGGGUGGGCUUCGCCAAGGCCAAGUGAGCUCGUCCUGCUGCACCCCCCCCCGACGCGCAAGAAGGAGGUGGAGGAGGGAGGAGGGAGGGGGAGGGUGGAGGGGAGAUGUUGAGCUGCACACGUUUUCUGUUGCUUUGCAAUCCAGCAGUAAUUAGCAAUAGAAUUUAGCGUAGCAGCGAGCACUGAUCGCAAUGAUUUCAAGCAGCGUGUGUGACAUGUUGGUGGUUUAAUGUGAUCUAUGGCGAGUGAAACUGAUCAGGGAUCAGGUGAUUGGGAUAAUGCUGCCCCUUUUUUUUAAA